GUCAAAAUCUUCAUGAGAACAUGUUGUCCAUUUCAUCAAGUAAAAAAAACAUCUGGUAGGGAUUUGGCCAUUUUCCGGUGAACAUCCACCCCAACAACACCUUUCAAGUUUCAAGUGGAGGAAGGAUAAUAAUAAGUGCAAAGGAUAUUUUAGAAUGUGCUGUGGUACGGGCACAUCAACCAUAUUCCCUUCCUAGUUCCUUCUCCAUAUAUAAAUAAUAAUGGUGUCUUCCCGUAAACACUCACUCAGCAAUUCCUAUUCCAAUUCACCUAUUGUGCCACUGUCACCACUUGCUCUCCUCUCCCAAGAUCAAGAUAGAAACAUGGUCAAGUUCUCAAAGCAGUUCGAAGGGCAGCUUGUUCCCGAGUGGAAAGAAGCUUUUGUUGAUUAUUGGCAACUCAAAAAGGACCUCAAGAAAAUACGUCUCCUUAAUAAUAAUACUACUACCAAUACUCAUCAAACCACUUCUUUUCCCCAUAAUCUCUUGUCUUCAAUCAGCACGUUUGGUUUAUUUGGCCGACGUAGAGACCAGGGUGCCAUUCAAGUUCACAAGCGACUGACCGCUUCGGCUAGCAAAGGAGGAGAUUUGUUGUAUGAGACAGAAUUGCUAGAGCAGUUUGCUGAUACUGAUGCUGCCAAAGAAUUUUUUGAAUGUUUGGACAUGCAACUUAACAAAGUGAACCAGUUUUAUAAAACAAAGGAGAAAGAGUUCCUGGAAAGAGGAGAAUGUUUGAAGAAACAAAUGCAGAUUCUGAGUGAGCUCAAAACUAUUAUCAAGCAACAGCAGCGCCGCAAAGGAGAGGAGGAGGACGCCUCCAUUUCCUGCUCUAUCUCUUGCGAGGAGGACUCUGUCAAGGACAGGACAGAGCAAGAACAACAGCAGCAAGACAGCUUCACGGAUGAAUUGGAGAGAAAUGAAGUGCCCUUUUCAGACUCUCCAACAUCAGAUGAGAUCGGGAAACCAACGGAUAUCAAUAUGAAAACAGAGAAAGGAAAAUUAAGAACGCUGUCAGGUCGUGUUUUCAGUUUCCAGGGAAAGAGCCUAAGAAUAAACAUUCCUCUCACAACACCAUCUCGUACCUUCUCCGCUAUCAGUUACCUUGUUUGGGACGAUUUAGUCAACCAGUCUUCAAAGAAAUGUGGACCUCAAGGGGGUGGUAAGCUGCAUAUCAACAAGUCCAAGCUGCAUCAUGCCCAGAAGAUGAUCAAAGGAGCUUUCUUAGAGCUAUAUAAAGGAUUGGGUUAUCUCAAAACUUACAGGCACUUGAACAUGCUUGCUUUUAUAAAAAUUCUCAAGAAGUUUGACAAAGUUACUGAAAAGCAAGUUCUUCCCGUCUAUCUUAAAGUAGUGGAGAGUUCCUAUUUCAACAGCUCAGAUAAGGUAAUGAACUUAUCAGAUGAAGUUGAGGAUCUAUUUAUCAUGCAUUUUGCUGAUGAAGAUCGCAGGAAGGGUAUGAAAUAUCUCAGACCACGACAGCGUAAAGAAUCACAUGCUGUAACCUUCUUCAUUGGGCUCUUCGCUGGGUGUUUCGUGGCCCUUCUCGCCGGAUACAUCAUUAUGGCUCAUAUCACUGGGAUGUAUAGAAGACAACCAGAUUCAAUUUAUAUGGAAACAACCUACCCUGUACUUAGCAUGUUCAGUCUAUUGUUCCUACACUUCUUUUUGUAUGGUUGCAACAUUUUCAUGUGGAGAAAAGCUCGUAUCAAUUACAGCUUCAUCUUUGAGUUAGCUCCCACCAAGGAGCUUAAGUACAGAGAUGUUUUCUUAAUCUGUGCUACUUCAAUGACAGCUAUUGUUGGAAUCAUGUUUGUUCACUUGUCACUGGUUACAAAAGGGUAUUCAUACGCCCAGGUUCAAGCAAUACCCGGUCUCCUCUUAUUGGCCUUCGUUUUAUUGCUAGUCUGCCCCUUCAACAUCUUCUACCAUUCAAGUCGUUAUCGUCUCCUUGGUGUGAUACGUAACAUAAUUUUAUCACCUCUCUACAAGGUUGUGAUGUUGGAUUUCUUCAUGGCUGAUCAACUUUGUAGUCAGGUGCCAAUGCUUAGGAACCUUGAGUAUGUGGCUUGUUAUUACAUAACUGGAAGCUACAAAACUCAAGACUACGAAUAUUGCAUGAGAGCCAAGCAUUACAGAGAUCUUGCUUAUGCAGUGUCCUUCCUACCUUAUUACUGGAGAGCUAUGCAGUGUGCCCGACGGUGGUUUGAUGAAGGGCAGACCAAUCACCUUGUCAAUCUAGGUAAAUAUGUAUCAGCAAUGUUAGCAGCAGGGGCCAAAGUGGCGUACGAGAAAGAAAGGAGCAUCGGAUGGCUAUGUCUUGUAGUUGUCAUGUCAAGUGCUGCAACAGUGUACCAGUUGUAUUGGGACUUUGUAAAGGACUGGGGUUUGCUUCAAAUGAAUUCCAAGAACCCUUGGCUAAGGAAUGAACUAAUGCUUCGUCGAAAGUUCAUUUACUACUUCUCCAUGGGAUUGAACCUUAUCCUCAGGCUGGCUUGGCUGCAAACAGUUGUCCAUUCAACCUUUGAACAUGUUGAUUACAGGGUAACCGGACUGUUUUUGGCGGCGCUUGAGGUGAUUAGAAGAGGACUGUGGAAUUUCUACAGGUUGGAGAAUGAGCAUCUAAAUAACGCUGGCAAGUUCAGGGCAGUAAAGACAGUACCACUUCCCUUUCAUGAAGUAGAUGAGGAAGAGUGAUGUCCAUUGGCAAAAGUGGGUCUCGCUAUUGGAUUCAGGUCAAUCACAUAAUUCUUUUAUCAGCAGAAUUUUCCAGGUGGAACCAUGCUGUUGUGGUUGUUGUUGUUGUUGAUGGUGAUUUUAUUCAAGUUAAUUAACAAGGCAUAAACUUGCUUGUUAUUGUUCCAAAGAAAUUGGACAACAGUUUAUACUUGUAUAAAAAUUCUUCAACAAGCAAUAGAAAUUUAUGCAACUCACUCUUUUUGCA